CGCUUCUUUCCAGAGUCAAACGGAGAUCAGCGUUCGAUCCAUCUGCUCAAAAUGAAAGGCGUAGUCGCGCUCGCCGUGUUGUUGGGAAGUGUUCGUCUCGGCCGUCCCUGUGUAAAAGGGGAGUCAGUUUUGUUCUGCCUUGACGCUCUAACAAAUUUCAUCCCUAACUGUACAACCAUGCUUGUGGGUUUAAAGAAUGUUGGAGAAAUCAACUCCACGGUUCUGCAAAGCGUGAACCUCUCCUCCAUCACCAAGUUCGAAAGCCAAAACUCGGGUAUCACAGGAAUCGCUGAGAAUGCCCUCAGCUCUUUUUCACAUCUGAAAAUUCUCAUUUUAGAUGGUAACAGUUUGUCCAGCGUUAACCAGAACUGGUUCACAAACCCUGCUACUAUCACUGAGCUAGAUUUCUCUUCCAACCUGAUUAAAUAUUUGAACGAGUCGAAUCUGACAGGGCUCUCAAACCUCAAGAAGCUCAGUCUGAGAGGGAACAAGAUCCACACCAUCCAUCCAGAUGCCUUCAGGUCCCAGAGGAAGUUGACUGAUCUGGAUUUGUCAGACAACCAGUUGACGAGGCUUUCCCCGCAGAUCUUCAUGUCUCUAAAGUCUCUAACGUCCGUCAGACUUUACGGGAAUCCCUGGAACUGCUCUUGUGAUGCCCAGGUCUUUGUUGACUCUCUGAAAGAACUGAAUACAUCUGUGCUGGUGAAUCCGAUGAGUGUGAAAUGUAAGACUCCUCCACAUCUGGAAGGUCGACCAGUUUUCAACGUGUCUGUGUGUUCGACUGCUACACCACCAUUGAGGAGUUCAGCAACUCCAACCAGUAAAACUCAAACAACUCGCUCACAGCAAACAUCUGGAAAGACAGACACAUCUUUCAGUACCAAAUCUACUAUCCAAACUCGAACAACUUCUGCUCACAUGGCAACACUUUCCUCUUCAGAGACUACUGAGAGAACAAAACCACCUGGUGCCACAGCGUCAUCUUCAUCCCCUGGACAUUAUGUGACGACAUUAUCAUCAGUCGUCAGACCUGUAACUACACCUUCACGAGCUGUAGGUUCAUCCACAACCUCAAACACAAAGAUCUGCACUCUGAUUGCUGUUAUUGUGGUCCUAUGCGUACUGCUGCUUUUUGCCUGUUUCAUGGCACUGAUGCAUAGGAGGAAUCGCAGAAACAAAGCUGUGAGGCCUGGAUGUCCAACAGAAGAAGAAAAGCGGGAAGGAGACGGCGUGUCGAGUCGGGAUCUGUCUGGAUGUCUGGAAGAGGCUCGGAGAAAAUCCUUCACUGGCAUCAGAGCAAAGUCUGCAAACGCAAUCAUCCUCUCAUCUCCUUUCUGUGUGUCUGAGAAAGACAAAGUCACUUCUGAAAACUCUGAAAAAGAGAACCUGGGAGCUGAAAUGGGAGAAGUUCAUCCAGAAACGUUCACUACCAUGGACUCGAUGGAGGAGUGUGUGAUGCAGGAAGGUGAUGAUGGAAAUCCCUACGAAAACCGGGAGUGUGAUCAUGUCAACAUGGACGUUGUACCGUACUUGAGUAUCGGCACAAAGCAGAACAAACCAAAUCCUGAUGAAGAGUCUGGAGAAGGUCCAGGUUGGAGUCGACAGAGAGGAAAAUUCAUCAGGAUCUCCACCUGGCCUCCGACUGCAGCUCAGUGGCAGGCAAGACGCAAGGCCAAAGAGGAGGAAGAGGGAGCUGAUGAGUUCACUGUUUGGACUCAGAUUGUAACUACAAAGCUCUCAGAAGAUGUGAAGAUGAUGAUGGAGCAUCCCAGCAGCUCUAACCGGUGUGAAGACGAGGACACAAACAUAAAUCUGAGUCUUUCAGACAGCUUCAAACCACUGGAGACUCCUGUCUGCGCAUCGGAGGGGGAAGAAACGAACUUGGAUCCAGAUUCUGCAACACAGACAGACAUCUGGGUCAGCACCGGCGAAGAGCUGAAGUCCGAGGAACAUCCGGCACAGAAGAAGAGAGAGGCAGAUGUGAGGCAGGACCAGAAGCGGCCUGCGAUCGUCAAACAGAGGGCAGAAAACAGAGCCGCUGCUGGGGCGAAGGCGCCCUCUGGUGGCGCUUCUCCAGAUGACGAAACUCUGCUGUCAGGGAAUGAAUACGCCUUCAUGGACCUGCUUCAUGAAGUGGUUCAGAACAACGGCCGCUGGACGAGAGAGAGGUGGAAACAGAAUAAUGUUAACAAGCAGCGGCGAUGAAAUCAGAUUCAACAAUUCACUCUUUGCAGAUUAUCCUGUCAGAGUGGAUUAUUAGUUUAGACAACAGGAGAGACAAGAGAGCUUAUUAAAGUUAAAAUAUUCACUUCAUAAUUAUACAAAAUGCUUUUUUUUUCUUCCAUUUGGG